AUGCAUGAGCAAAUUGACAGAAAUACCUCCAAUCUCCCCAUAAUCGGACCUGGCGAUUCUACGAAACAUCAGAGCCCGCACUUUGCUCGCCCGGUCCAGAUGGUUCUUUUCGCCCGUGUGACGUGCUACCCUCCACUGGGUCAAGUAACCAGCAUUCCCAGAGUCCAAAAGAAGUUGCGGUCGGAGAAGGACCAUGGCGAUACGGUGCGCUUCACCGUCACCAUCGAAUCAAGCACAUCUCUACCAGAUCAACCCUGGGAAGCUCAAAUCUGGCAUAACAUCUCCGAUCCAGACUGGACGGCGCUGCCACUGCACGAAACCAAACAGUCAGCCGCGCCUUUGCUUAGUGGAAACGCCACAGAAUAUAGGUAUUAUCGCCACAUAUUCGCAGGACAGAUUCAACUCCCUUCAGUCGGUGGGCAUGCACAAUUCACGGUGCGCUUUCGCACAAGCCCCGAAACCGAUUGGCAAUGGGUAAACCCUCAUCAUUCGGUCGGUGAUGGGGAAAUCGUAUACACUGCCCGCGAAUCCGGAAUCAAGAAAGCGCUAUCACCUUAUUUCCCCUCUCAGGUUCGGAAAGAAGAGCUCGCAAAAUAUAUCACCAACCUUUCGCAAGAUAUCCAAGUCGAGUCACGGACCAGCGAGGCCCCCGGUUCUCUACUAUGGUCAAUAUCAGGAAAUGUGUCUGCAGCAGCAAAUGGAGCAUCCGGAAUCAGUACUCUUCUUCUCGGUACCCCUUCUUCAAUAAUGAGGAACUUUUCCUUGGUGCGGGUUUGGAGUCCGUGGCUGGGGCCACGACAUGGUAGAGACUGGUUUGAUUUGACGGAAGAUGCGAUACUAUGCUCUUUCCUGCGCAAAGAUGGUCUGAAUCUCGUUUUGCUAGCCAUUUCAGGUAUCAACGAUGUCUUGACGGUUUUUCAGUCUGGCGAUAAUGGCGAGGUCGUGAUCAAGGCCAGGAACGAUAACACGAAAUCCGCCCAAUUCAAUGUCUUGGCUGCUGUUGCGGAAGACUUUGAAGUCGCUAUAUCUGCUUUAAUCUAUGAGUCGCGGAAGGUGGUCAAGCCAUUCUCAGACUCUUCAAUGGAUGAUUGGGAAGAGACGUCUCCGAUAUCUCCUCUCGAUGAUGAUAUUGUCUUUGUUGAGAAAGACCCGAAAAUACAAUGGCUGGCUGAGUGGUUUGAUGACUUGACAUUUUGUACUUGGAAUAGCCUGGGGCAGGAUCUAACGGAGGAAAAACUUCUCCAAUCCUUGGAAUCUUUGAAGUCUCACGGCAUCAGCAUCUCGAAUCUGAUUAUCGACGACAACUGGCAGAGUCUCGACAACGAAGGCGAGUCCCAAUUCAGAAGACGGUGGCAGCGGUUCGAGGCAAACGAAAAAGCCUUCCCAGGAGGUCUUAAACGAACCGUUGACGAAAUCCGCCAGAAAAACCCUAAUAUUCAGCAUGUGGCAGUUUGGCAUGCCUUGUUCGGGUAUUGGGGUGGAAUCAGUCCUGAUGGCGACCUCGCUCGAAAGUACAAGACCAAGGAAGUACAAGUCAAAGAUCCCAGCUCCAAUAGCCCAAUUGCACAAAAUAUUCCCGAGGGCAAGAUUCUUGCCAUAGAUCCCGAUGAUAUCCAGCGAUUCUACGAGGAAUUCUAUAGUUACCUCAACACCGUCGGAGUUGAUUCGGUCAAAACGGACGCCCAAUUCUUCCUCGACCUCCUCGAGAACUACGGCAUCUGGGCGUUGGAAGACUUCAUAUGUGCACCUGGCUACCUGUUUAGAAGAAGUUACGCGCUUCAACAUCAACCUGCUGUGGGGUUGUCGGCGGUGUUCCUCGAGCAGAUGCCGGGAUAUAUUUUAGCGGUUGUAGCAGCAGUCGUGGGUCUUACACAGAACUACCCGCCAGCCCGGUGGAGACAUAGGGCUGAUCAAUCGGCACAGUUAAAUUGUUACCCCGGAUUUUCGCGCAGGAGUUCUAGCGAAGUAUUUUCUGAAUUCCAGCGGCCACCAGCUCUUUCCGUCCUAGCUCAUUCCGCUUCUUACUUCUAG